CACGAAAUCGAAUCGUUACCAAGUCUCGGGAGGAAUCGCGCGCACGAGCUGAAUUCAACAUUGACGGCUGCUGCUGAUGAUGAUGCUGCUGGUGGCUCUAUGUUGGAACCUGGGAGUCUACUAAUUCCAGGCCGCGCGAGGCGGGCAAGCCAGCAAGGAUGCUCGCCCGGCCGAAGCCCGGGGAGUCGGAGGAGGACCUGCUGCGCUUCCAGCGCGAGUUCCUGGCAGCGGGUGCUACGCCGGCUGUGUCAGUGCUCAAACGUGCUGACAAGCGCAAGGGCGGCGAGGCCGGAGGUGCCGGGCCCCAGGGAGCCGCGGGCCGUGACGUCGUCUCUCCGCAGGCACUACCGGAGAUGGCGCCACAACUCGACUCGGUGCCGUUGAAGAAGUCGCGGUUCCGUGUGGAGAUGUCCGAGCGAGCCGCUGCCAUGGACAUGGACGAGGGCCCGGAGGGAGAUGCGGAGGCGCGGAUGAACCGGCGUGACACGCACAUCACUGCCGUACUCUCGCACAUUGUGGAGUGGGACACGAGUCGCAUUCCGAUAAAUGCGCCACAGAUACCCGACGGUCCGUUUCCCAAGGCGUUGCAUCGCUCGGAGAUACUCACCAAGCCCACAGGUCUUCCAGGAAAGCGGAGCUUGUUUGCUCAGCAGUAUGCAGCCAAAAAGGGCACCUCCACUUCCAAAUCUGCACAAAGCUGUACUGCGCCUCCACGCCCUGACACCACCGCUGCUGCUGAGCAGUCAAAGAUAAUGAGCACUAUAGCAGGAGGUGGUGGCCGUGGGCUGGUGACAGGGACGGGCCUGGCCGUGGGCUGUGCAGAGGCCGAGGCGGAGAAGAUCCACAAGGAGAACGUGGAGCGGCUCAAGGCCAUGUCGCGCGAGGAGAUCGCCGAGGAACGCAGCAGGCUGCUGGCUCAGAUAGAUCCCAAACUGGUCGCGUUUCUGAGAUCAAAGAAGUGCGGAAGCAGCGACGCGGACACAGAGCAACAUCUCAACGCCGGAUUGGGCCAGCCGGCCGUGGGAAUCUCUCCUCGGGGUGCUGAUGUCAUGAUCAAGGAUGACGCUUCAGCUCGAAGAGACUCGACGGGGAGGCACCAAGCCAAGAGAGUGCGGUUUGUCGAGCCGGGGGACAAUGUGAAGGCUGCCCGGAUGCAGGUAGCGCCCGCUGACACAAUCACCGAGAAGGGCACGGGGGAGUCCAGUGAGAGCCUUGUGACCGACAGCGACAUGGACACUGAAGAAGAGGAUAAAACAUCAACAUUAGAUGGACUGCCCAUCAAGCCCCAGAAGGAGUGGAUGCACAUGGACAAGGUGGAGUCUGAAAAGAUGGAGUGGAUGCGUGAACUUCCCAAGCCCUCUCCGAAGCGACGCAAGACCAAACAGGAGAUGCAGGCUCGCUUUGACUUCCAUGGCCAGCUGGUUCCCCCGGACUCGGACGUGCCCUCAUACCUCGGCCUGCAUCAUCAUGGCGCCGAGCCCGAGCGAGCCGGCUACUCCCUGGAGGAGCUCUUCCACCUGUGCCGGAGUCAGGUGAUCCAGCAGCGCACGCUGGCACUUCAGCUCCUCGCCCGCAUCCUCAUGCGGGCCAGGCAGGGCGAGUUUGCGGGGGAGCUGCGUGUGAGCCUGCUGCGCACGCUGAUGGACGCCGGCCUCGUGUUCCUGCUGCGCUACGCCCUGGACGACUCGGCCGAGGGGGUGAUCGCUGCCGCGGUGCUUUCCCUGCAGGCGCUGCUCUCAUGCCCAGCGGAGGAGGAGGCGCUGGAUCAGGUUUUCAGCUGGUAUCAGGGCUCUUCGUCAUUUCCCCUUGCUCCGACGGAAGAGGAGGAAGAUGCUGAUGGUGACGAAGAUGAAGAUAGUGAUGGUGAAGCAAAAUCCGCAGAAGAAGGUGAAGAGAGUGUAAAGAGAAAAGCCAAGGAUGAGAAGAAGCCUGAUCCCCUUGUGGCCAGGCAUGACAUCAUUAAGGGCCUGCUCAAGACCGGGAUGCUGCGGCGCCUGCGCUACAUCGUGGAGGUGGUGCGGCCGGUGCCGGCCGUCGUGCUAGCGGUGCUGCACAUCCUCACGCGCAUCGCGCGCCAUUCCGCGCACGCUGCAAGCCAGAUCGUGGAGUGCCCCCGCCUGGUGGAGUCGCUCGUGUCGGAGUUCCUGCCCACGGCCUGGCAGCCCACGGGGGGCCCGGUGGGGGUCGUGGGGGGGUCCUUGGAUGAGGGAGGGGGCGAUGAUGGGGGCAAGGCUGGGCGAGGCAUCCCCACCAGCGUGUAUGGGCUGCCGCUUGCUGCUGCCAUGAAGCUGGCCCGCGUGCUCUGCCAGGCCGGCCGUAACAUGUCGGCCAUCAUGGUCAACAAGUUUGACCUGCGAUCGCGUGUUACGCGCUUUGUGGCCGAAAAGCCCCAGGACCUGCUCCUUGACCUCCACGAGGCUCAGCUGCUCUCGGUGGAGGCACUGCGCCUGUGGGCUGUGGCGGCCAGCUAUGGACAGAUGUGCAGCCUCUACAGGGAGCUGUACCCCGUGCUUGUGCAGCAGGUGCAGGCCCUGCCGGGCGACGCGGCUCAGCCCCACGGGCCCCACGGGCUCCACGGGCCCCACGAGAGGGCCCUUCCGUUGCAGCGCGCCGAAGCCCUGGUGUCCCUCCUCACAGCCGUGACGCACUCAGCCAGCCUGGGCCUGCACAGGCUCGCACGGACAGCAGACAGCACGGAGGAGAAGGCCGGCGAGGAGGUGCCGGCGCCACUCGUGAGCUGGGAGCAGGUGGCGGGGCUGGCGCCUAUCACCGAGGGCUGCCUGCGACGCUGCCUCCAGGAGGCGGCGUCGUGCUCGGCCGCCGGUGAGGGCGCGCGCACGCUCGCCUCCGCGCUGCUCCUCCACCUCUCUGCCCACCACACCGGCAAGGCACAGCAGCCGUCGACCGACCCGGUGGAACAUCUGGAGGAGCUGGAGCGACUCUCUGAGGAGACGCUUUGCCCGUUGCUCGUCUCUCCAUCGCUCAGCUCCAUGUUGAGCAAACUCAAGGUGUGCUCGGCGCUGUGCAACCCCAACUCGUGCUCGCCGGACCCAGAGAGUAUGCGCAGUCUCGUGUCGCUGGCUUGCGCCGGCGGGAAGCCCCCGUUGAGCCUGGCAGGUUCACGCUCUCCGUUCCCCUUCCUCACUGCUGUCCUCCUUGUGCUCAACUCCGCAGCCUCCAUUCAUAAGGGGCUUACGGCCAAGUUUGCGGUGCUGCUGGAGAGCGCCGCUCUGCAGGAAUACCUGGCUGCGAGCUGCGACGGCGCAGCGAGCAUCACGCACGCCUCGGCUUGGCUCCUGCGCCACGAGCACCACCUGCUCUUCCUGACGCUGGAGCUGGCGCGCAUGGCGGUGUCGUUCAGCGAGGCCGCGCGCCGCGUCGCCCCGCUCUGCCACAUGGUGGCGCUGGCGCUCGUCGGACGCCUCCUGCCGGGCAGCGAGCACCUGGCGCAGCAGCUGCUGUCGGGGAUCCUCUUCAAUCCCGACUUCACCCCGGAAGGCAGGGUGGGUGGUCCAGAAGCUGCUGACCUGGAGGCCAUGCUGUCGCUGAAGGAGGAUCGAGGCCCUGAGCCCCUCGGCAGCCAAGGUGGCGAGGUCCAAGGGGGUGGGGAGCUCCUGACCGCAGCCUGGAAGGAUCUGGCAGGGAUUAGGGCCUGCUACCUCGCAUUGCUGCUCGGGGGAGAGGAGAAGGCGUUGGAGAGGUCACAGGCACGAUACCUCGGCCAGACCAAGCACAUUGCGUCUCUGCUCCUCCCGCCCAUGCAGGGCCCUCUCUACCCUGCGGACUGGGCUUUCCUGCCUCUGGUGCGGCUGUACCAAGCAUCAGGCCAGCCCACCUCUGCCAGUACUUCAGCGGACGCCUCCGCUGUUCCCGUGGACCCCAGGGCCGCCAGCGUGGCCGCGCUGCGCUGGCUGCUGCUGCUGGAGACGUGGCGCCACGGGGCCCUGGCCGGCAUCUCCGCCGCCGCCAAGUUGUGCCGCCUGACGUGCGUGUUCCUGGCGGGCGACGGGAGCCUCUUCCUGGAUCCGCCGGUGCGCGCGGGGCUCGCCGCCCUGCUCGGCCUAUACUGCCGCCCCCGCGCGCUCGACGCCCUGCGGCUCGAUGGGCCCGUCGCCGGCGUGCCGGCCUUCUACGACCUGUACGUGGAGCUGCUCGAGCAGUUCGAGGCCGCGUCGUUCGGCGACGCUCUCUUCGGGGCCUUCGUGCUGCUGCCGCUGCAGCGCCGCUUCGACGUCCGGCUCAAGCUGGUGCUGUUCGGGGAGCACGAGGGGGCGCUGCGCUCGCUCGGCGUGCCCAUCAAGCAGUUCCCUGUGGGCCUGGGGCGCUACACCGAGCCGGCGGAGACGCACGUGGGGCUCCUGCGGCUCUACUUCCGCAUGCUGGUGACGGGCUCGCUGCGCACGGCCUGGUGCCCUGUCCUCUACGCCGUGGCGCUGCAUCACGUCAAUGCCUUCAUCUUCUCGCAGGAGCACGGCGACCAUGACAUUCUGAAAAUGAAGAAGCGCAUGUUGAGACAAAUUAAUGCCCUUCAAGAUAAGGUCCUGCGAAGCCACCUGCUUCUCUACAAGCUCCCCAAUGCCUCCGAUAACCUGGGCUUUGACCUGUACGAGCAGCUGCCACCUAUCCGGCACAAGUGGCUGCAAAGCAUUUUGUGAUAGGGGGGGCAGCACUGCCAACGGUGGGAAACUGCAUCAAGAAAUGUGAACUUGACAUUAGAAUGCGUGUGUUUGAGGUGCGAGUAUUUAUAAACACGCAGACUGAAAGAAACCACUGAGAUUUUGUUUGAUUUUGCACCUCCUGGAAGAGAGCAAUCCGAGCAAGACGGGAAAAUUGUAUGGCGGCUUUAUUGUAACCUACUUUUGUAUGUUUUGUGUGGACGUUGUUCUUAGAACCUGCCAAACAAAAUUGCUAAAAAUUAACAGCUGAGGUUUAAAUGGCUGCUCCUGUUUCCUGUACUUAAAAUAAUAAACUAUUUUAGUGUUUCCUCAGCAC